UCAACCCAAUUAUGGUGUUCAGAUCCUAUCGGUGACAUUUCAGCACUGGAACAAAACAGGAAAAGGAGUGUAUGGAUUGUUUCGCGAAAAAUCUUAGCUAGCUGCACAGCCAGCUAAAGUAUCUAAUCAUCAUUACAUUUUUUAACGCAGCAUAAUUUAAAUAAAUGUGAAUAUUAAACUUCCAGCAGAGUCAUGAAUGGGAGUACAAAUCCGCUCUUGGACAAAGAAGAACAUGUUUUGAAGCUCGGAGAGAGCUUUGAGAAGAGGCCAAAAUCGUCAUUUCACACCAUCAGAUAUGAUUUCAAACCAGCUUCAAUUGACACAAGCUGCGAAGGAGAGUUGCAAGUCGGUAAAGGAGAGGAAGUCACCAUCACAUUACCUCACAUGCCAGGCUCUACACCACCCAUGACAGUAUUCAAAGGGAAUAAGCGGCCAUAUCAGAAAGACUGUGUUCUUAUCAUCAAUCAUGACACUGGGGAGUACAUGCUGGAGAAGUUGAGCAGCAGUAUCCAGGUCAAGAAAACCAGAGCGGAGGGCAGCAGUAAGAUCCAGGCCAGGAUUGAGCAGCAGUCGGUGCGUGCCACUGCCACCCAGCCUCCAGCGCAGUUCCGUGCCCCCACUAAGCCUGGUGCAGGGGCCAAGACCUCCCCCUCCCCUUCCAAGGACAACCCCUCCCCUGAGCCCCAACUAGAUGACAUCAAGAGAGAGCUGCGAGCGGAGGUGGAGGUUAUUGAACAAAUGAGCAGCAGUAGCGGCAGCAGCUCAUCUGACUCUGCCAGUGGUUCUGGUAGUGGGGACGACAGCUCCAGCAGUGAUGGGGAGCAUGACGCCCCUCACCCCCAACCUGUCCCACUCCCUCUCCCCCAGAUCCAGCCCUCCCCCAACUGUAAUCCCAUGGCCAACGGAGGAGCAGACAGGCAACAGGGCAGCAACCAGCUGAUGAACACGCUCAGGAAUGACCUCCAGUUGAGUGAAUCAGGCAGCGACAGUGACGACGACUGAACUGCCCCCAUCUACCUCUCAUUAUCACACCAUCUUGCUCUCCUCUUUCUUCUCUGUGCCUGGUUCCGUUGUUUUGCUGCUGUGGCAACCGACCCAACUGUAAAGUCUGGUUUUAUUGUAUUUUUUUAUAUCUCUUGAGAAACCGGCCAACCUUGAGAUUUAAUAGUGUAUUUUUUUGAUUAGCUGUAUAUUUUGUUUUGUAUUUUUAAAUCCUUUUACAUAUGAAAACAUGGUAAAGAAUAUAUAUUAUAAUGCAUAUAUAUAUUUUCUUUCUGUAGUUAGAGCUCCUAGUUGUAAUAACUUGUAUCACAAGUCUUUGUUGUUUUCUUGUUUCUUCACAAGGGGAGGGGCUUAUUUGGACUAUAUCACCCCCAUCUUCCCUAUUUAUCUGCAAAUCAAAAGAAGGCACUGAAAGCAUUUCACCCAUUCCAUGUUUUUAUCAGAAUCAUAACACUUUCAAAAUCAGUCUUUCAAGAGGCCAGGAUGCAGCUCACAUCAAUCUUAAGCUAUAGAGGAUACUAUAAAGAACAUACUCAUAUUGUUCAUGUAAAAUCAGUUUUGACCACUUACUAAAGUGUUUAGCUGGAAUAUUGACCUGUUCUGGUGAACAUAUAGCCUAAUAAACUGCAUGCUUUCCAUAGUCGUAGUGGGAGGACCACACAAUAUCA